AUGGACGGUUCUUUUAAACCUAAAGUAAACUCAUCAGUCGACUUGGAGUGGAAAAUAAAUACAGGUAAGAAUGGGGCACGAAACAAAGGGAAAGCAGUGUCGAUGUAUAUCACUAAUUUCCCUCCUAAUAUGGAAUCGCAAGAUCUGUGGAAGAUAUGUGGAGAAGUUGGAACUGUUUACGAUGUUUAUUUGGCGCGUAAGUUAUCUAAGUUGGGAAAGAGGUUUGCUUUCGUUAGAUUCUUGAGGGUGGAAGAUGAGUCUGAGUUAGCAAGGAAAUUAAGUGCUAUCUGGAUCGGAAAUCAUCAUAUUUUUGCAACUAUUGCUAGGUGUUCUCAUCGUCAGAAUAAACAUGAUCAACCAAAACCUUUUUGUCAAUCAGAAACAACAAAAGAAGAAGGGAUAAGAGACGGGGUUAUAAAAGUUGGAGGGAAAGAGGAGAAAGAAGAUCGAAUCAGUGGAUUGCCAGAUUGCUUGCUUCUUGAAAUCCUCUCUCUUUUACCCUCCACAAAAGACGCCAUUAUAACAGGUACACUUUCCACACGAUGGAAACAUCUUUGGACUUCGGUUUCCACUCUAAUUUUCCAUUAUUAUGAUGAAGAAAAGCACCAGUGGUGUGAUUUUGUUUCCUUGGUCGACAAAACCCUUACUCAGUGUCGCCAGCUGAAGCUCAAGAAAUUUGAAAUGAUUAUUGAUUAUUAUGCUCAAUUUGAACCGCACAUCAGUAAUUGGAUUCAUUAUGCUGUAAGACGUAACGUUGCAGAGCUUAAUCUAUACAUAUGUAAUAUAACUAUUGGCUGUAAGUUUUUCAACAGUUCAAGUUUUACCGAUCCUACAUUAAGGGACUGCAUAUUGAAUCCAACUGAGGCGAUUAGUUGGAAAAUGAUUCGGAGUGUGAACAUUUCCAAAGGGAAAUUAGAUGAAGAUUUGAUUGAAAACAUAUUAUCUGGUAGUCCUCUAUUGGAAACUUUGGUAUUGGAAAAUUGCUAUGGUUAUAGGCGGCUUGAUAUUACUUCAAAGAGUGUUAAGAACUUUGUGCUUUCUGGAAAGAUGCAUGCAAAGGAUAAAUAUGCUAAAGACAUUGAUGACGUUAUUGAAAUCAACGCUCCACAUAUUCUAUCACUAACAAUCAAAGGUAGGCUGUGGAAGCUUUUGUUGGUAAAUGUGGCUUCUGUAGUCGAAGCUAGCUUAUGUUAUACAAAUUUUGGGCGAUGGAUACCGCCUAAAGAAAUAGAAGAAGAGAGGCUUAAAGGACUUAUACUAAACCUUCGCCAUGUCAAGGAGCUUAAAAUCGAGGGUUUCUGUUCUAAGUUUCUCUCUAGUUUGGGAGCUGAAGGAUUCAUUUUUCCAUCAAAUGUGAAGUGUUACUCAUGA